AUGCCGAGAUUUAAAGCGACUCCACAGCAGAUUUAUUUAAAUGAAAAAGGCGAAUCUUCGAAUGGAGAUUCUUGUGAAGUGGUUGAUGAUGUUAUUAGCGACAAUGGUUCCGUUUGUAACAGUGAGAAUGAUCAUGAUAAUAAUGGUGACAAUCAUCAUGAUGAGAAUAGUUCAAAUGAAGAUGAUGAUGACGAUGAAGUGCCGAAAAAUGAUAGUGAACAGAAGAAACAAUCCAUACUGAAAAGACCUCCAGUUACUGAGAUAGACAGUCAAGAGCUGAAGCGAAGAAAAACAAAAGAAGGUUCAAAUGAAUCCAUUCCAGUCACAACAGAAUGCUUGAAUAAUUUACAAACAGCUGCCUUUCUCGCUCAAGCCGCUGCUGUAGCUACUGUUGCUGCACUCUCCUCAGGACCACUGAUACCAAUUUUUCCAUCUGAAACACCACCUAUCGCACCAUUGGGAUUAUCUCUACCUACACUUGGUAAUGGAAAUUUCACGACGACGACAACAACAACAACAAUGACGAUGACUGGAAAUGCAGAAAAUGUAUCAAAUAAUUUCACUUCAAAUCAAACUAAGAUUGAGUCUACACUAAACAGUAAAACAUCAUCUUCUGCUAAUACUUCAAAAAACACUGAUACUGAUGAUGGAGAUGAUGAAGAUGAUGGUGAAGGUGAUGACAAUGAGAAUAAUCAAUUUAAAGGACGUGAACGUGAAAAACAGUUUAUUAAUUGUCCUGUAUGCUGUAAAACAAUGCGACGUGGUUCAUUACGUGAACAUAUGGAUCGUCAUGCAAAUAGUGGUAAAUUUAAAUGUGAUAUAUGCGAAAAAACAUUUAGUCGUGCAAGUGCACGGGCAAAACAUAUUCGUACACAUACUGGUGAACGUCCAUAUAAAUGUGAAUUAUGCUCAAAAGCUUAUAGACAAAAAGUUCAUUUAAAUGAACAUUUUCGUUCACAUACUGGAGCUAGACCAUAUUUAUGUAAAUUAUGCGGUUUUUGUUUAGCUUCUAAAUCAUUAUUAAAUCGUCAUUUACGUACUCAUGGUGUUAAAAAAAAUCUUGAUAAUGAUUCUGAUGUAUGGAUGAAAAUUGAUGCAUCUAGAGAAGAAGCUUUAAAUAUUGCUGCAGAAGUUGGUCGUGUAUUAUCACAAAAACAAAAUAAUAUUUCAGAUAAUAGUCAUAAUGAUAAUAGUAGUGGUAGUGGUAGUGGUAGUAGUAGUAAUCUACAAUCACUUAAAAAUGAAAAAUCUGUGAGUAAUUCUUUUGCUUGUGAUUUUCUACAACAAUUAACACCGAAAGGAUCAAUUACAUUUGGUCGUAAAUAUUUAUGUAAUCUAUGUCCAGCUGGAUUUCCAACUGUACAAGCAUUAAGAAGUCAUCGUAUGACUACACACAAUGUAGUUACACCACAUAAAUGUCCACAAUGUAAUGAAUCAUUUAGUGCAUUAAAAUCAAUGGAAGAACAUUUAAGAAAAAUUCAUCCACAGGUUUGUCCAAUAUGCUCAAAACAAAUGCCUGAACGUCGACGAUGGAUGGUUGAUGCACAUAUCAGAGAGGCACAUCCAGAUGCUGGACAAAUAAUAGGUCCAUAUAGUAAAAACUUUCGAAAGAUUAGACCAAAAGAACCCAUUAGUAGUAGUGAUGUUACUAAUGCUGGUACUGUUAAUACUGUUGUUGUUACCGCUUCCGAUGCUAAAAACAAUUCUGUUAAUUGUUCAUCAUCUGAAUUGAGAAAAUGGCAAUAUUUUAGACCGGAUAAAGUACACUCUUCAAGUGAUGAUGAUGAAGAGGAUUUAGAUGAUAAUGAUGUAGAGGAGGAAGAGGAGCAGGAAGAAGAACAAGAAGUGGAGGAAGAACGUGAGUCUGAUUUCGAUAGGAAAUCAUCGAAAACUUCAAAUGGUGAACUUUUAGAUGAGAAUACUAGUACUUAUUCCAUAGAUCCGGAACAUUUAGAGGAGAACAGUCUACUGGGACACCCAAAAGAUGAUGGAAAACCUAAUUUGUCAGGUGGGAGUAGUGAGGGCAGAUUGGACAUUGAAAGCGCACUGAAUAAGGAUUGCGUUGCUUUCAAGACUCCCUCAUCUUUUCAUCAAGCCCUACCGUUUUUCACUCACCUUUUAUUAUUAAACGUUCUCCUGGUCACUACUAAGUUUCCUUUUCUAUACGCUGCCCUGUAA